GCUACUGUGCAUGAACAUAUGGCAUGAACACAAUAACUCAGAAUUGGAUUUUCUGAACAGUAGGUGGCGCAGUCUGACAAAAAAAGCCAUGCACUUUCCACUUGAAAUGCAGUAUAUAUUGUAAUUGAGUAAUAUUUCAAUAAACAUUGUAUGUUGCAGGUAGUACACUUUUUUAUUGUAAAGUUCGAUAACGUAAUACAUAGUUCAUGUAUUUUCCAGAGAGUUACUCUUGUGAUGUGCUUACAAAUCAGAGUUUUACGGGUCUUUCACAGCACGAGAACGUUUCCCCAUCCUGCUGCGUGGCAAGUGAACUUUAUUCUACCCAAAACAAGAAAAACGCGUUGGUUGGAAAGACCCGAAUGGCUUGCUUACACUGUUUGCAUCCGAUAGCCUACUUACUUAUUAUUUCCAGAUUAAGGAAACAGAUAGGCCUGCUAAUUGAAAUGCACCAUGUAGAAAGAGGGGCUCUAAUUGAACUGGAAGGGGUGGACUGGGCCGGAAAGACUAAGCAGUGCAAGAAGCUUGUCCAGGCACUCCAGAACAGUUGGUCGACCAGCUGAAAUGUUUACCUGGAAGAUUACCUGGAAAUUUUGAUUUAUUUUCUGCCUUCAUUCGGAAAAAGAGGCUUCCCUGGCAUAUUGUGAAGACCUGGUAUUUCUACAGACAGAACUACAGAGAUAGGUAGGAUGAGGCAGAAGUUACAGCAAGGCAUCAGUCUGGUGGUGGACAGGUACACCUUCUCAGGUGUGGCAUUCACCAGCGCCAAGCCGGGCUUCGGUAUAGAGUGGCGUAGGAGCCCAGAUGUGGGCCUGCCCAAGCCAGACCUGGUGGUGUACCUGCAGGUGAGCCCUGCGGUGGCAGCACAGCGGGGGGAGUUCAGGGCUGAGCGCUGUGAGACCAGUGACCUCCAGAAGUCUGUGCUACGGAGGUUCCAGCAGUUCAAGAAGGAGCCCUCCCUCAACUGGCAGGUGGGAAACCACCGCUAG